AUGGGGUUGGCGACGAAGGUGUGCCAUUGGUUUUUCAUAGGACUGGUCCUCGUGCUCUCUUCGAAGAGCCAGGCCAAUCAAGACACUACCAUUCGUCCAAAGAAAUUCCAUCUUGAAAGGAUCGAUACCGUUAGAAUUCCAUUGCAUAAUGAAACAAGUGAUAGCAAUCGUACCACCGAACGGAUUUUAAGUCCAGUUCUUCGUAAACGAAGAUACGUUCGUUUUCCUAGCGGUCCUGGUGGAUAUGUUUUCGAAACGAGUGGCCCGGCCAUCGGGCCGAGAAACGUUGGAACUCAUCCAGCCUCACGUUUCGGACCCCAAACACAAUUUUCAUCACCUUGGAGGCAGUACAAGUCCCUUUGGAGAAGUCCCGUUUCUGAAUACUCCAGACCGGUGAUGGGUCAUCGAACUCCGAGGUUGAUAUUCCGUGACAACGAUUUUCUACCGCCUGCUGGCGGAGGAAGUACAACUUUCUUUCAAUCCAAUCAGCUGCCUGACUUUGAGGAUGACGUUAGAGAUCAUCGAAAGCAAACGUUAGAAGAUUAUCCCAGGCUGGAAACAGAAUCUCGUCAAGAGAAAAGACCGCUUUGGAAGGGCGACGAUACUUUGUGCGCCGACGGACGAACCUGUGAAUUUUUUCUAAUGUGCUGGAUGUCCGCCGGCCUAUUGGAUGGCAGUUGUGGUGGCAUUAUGUUCGCUUGUUGUCACCGAAAAGAUCCUAAAACAAUCUCCGAUUCUAACUUCCUCGAGACGCCUCGAGAUCAAUCUCAACAACUUCCGCUGGAAACUUAUACGGAGGCUACCAAUGACGAUCAUUGCGGUAUACCAGUUUCAAAGCAAACAGCCCAAAGAAGAAUCGUCGGGGGUGACGAGGCUGGUUUUGGAAGUUUUCCUUGGCAGGCUUACAUACGAAUAGGAUCCAGCAGAUGUGGUGGUACGUUGGUUAAUCGGUACCACGUUGUAACAGCUGGUCAUUGCGUAGCAAAAGCUUCGGCACGUCAGGUACAAGUUACCCUUGGAGAUUACGUAGUCAAUUCAGCGACCGAAUCAUUGCCCGCUUAUACUUUUGGUGUUCGAGAAAUUCGAGUUCAUCCAUAUUUCAAAUUCACGCCACAGGCCGACAGAUUCGACGUAGCAGUGCUCAGAUUGGAUCGACCGGUUCAUUAUAUGCCACACAUUUCACCUAUUUGUUUGCCGGAAAAAAAUGAAGACUUUUUAGGUCAAUACGGCUGGGCUGCUGGAUGGGGUGCUCUUCAAGCUGGUUCAAGAUUACGACCAAAGACACUUCAAGCGGUUGACGUACCAGUUAUAGACAAUCGUAUUUGCGAAAGGUGGCAUCGUUCGAAUGGUAUAAACGUGGUCAUCUAUGACGAGAUGAUGUGUGCUGGUUAUCGUAGCGGCGGCAAAGAUUCAUGCCAAGGCGACAGUGGUGGUCCAUUAAUGUUAGAGAAAACAGGAAGAUGGUAUUUAAUAGGAAUCGUAUCAGCUGGUUAUUCUUGCGCUCAACCAGGACAACCAGGGAUUUAUCAUCGCGUAGCAAAGACAGUUGAUUGGAUAACUUACGUUAUUAACUCGUAGCAUUCUACGUGGAUCAAUUUUUCUAUCGCUCUGUUUUUAUUUGCGUACAUCAUGAACUUUGCAUGACACAAAGUUCUUGAAUGAAAUAAUCGAAAAUUCAUUUUAAAAAGAGUCCAUAUCAUUCGAAAUCCGUGGACCCGAAUGUUCAGCGAUGAAAGAAAACGAUGAAGUUAGUUUUGUUAAAGACUCGAAGGAACGAUACAACGAUACUACUUUCCUUUACGUGAUACGCGUUGAGAUUACGUUUACGAUUUAAUAAUCUCAGCCAUCUUAUUUAAUGACAAUCAUUUGUAAAUAUUCAAAGGAGUUAUAAAUAACACAACGUUAAUUUAAGUUCAUUUUUUUUGUUUGUUAAGGCACCCAAGAAAUCGAGGUAAAUCGACGCGUUUAUUCGAUUACGUGUUCAUUCAAUCGUAUGGGUGUGACAAUUGUUUUUGUAAUCACGCUUAAUAAAUUUUCUUCUUUUUUUUUCUUUUAUAAAUUGCAUCCCAAGCAAUUGAAUACCCUCCUUGCGCAAAGAUUCAUUUAAGAAUAACGAAGAUCGGAUAGGAA